AAUUUGUUUUCAAACGUGAAAGCGAACAGUUGUGCGUUUAAAUUGAAACGAACAAAGCGAAAAUUUACUAACAAUUUUUUUGAAGUGUAUUUUAUUUAAUUAUUUUCAAUAAAUAUCUUAUAUGAAAAUAAUUGUGAUUUUUAACUUGAACUUUUUCAAAAAUAUAAAUUUUACAUUUAAUGCAAAGUAUUUGCAGUUUGCAAUUUUAUAAAAAAUAUAAAGGGAGGAAAAUUAUUAAAUGAUUGAACAUUUAAAACGAUAAUAUUUUGUGAACUUAGUGUUUUUAGUUAAUUUAUAAAAAUUUACUGCCUAAAAAUUUUAUAACAAAAAUUAAAUUUCAAAAAUGUCUUUCACAAUUGUAAGUCGCAAUUUAUUGCGUACUUCAAAAGAAAUUUUGGAGCGCGGAGUUAAUGUGGGCGCAGUAACGGUUUUGAAUGGAUCUGUGGAUAUUGAACAUCAGCGAACUGGACAUCGUCGUUCUGCCUCAUCAAAAUCGAUAAUAAAGCAAUGUGAACACUCGAUGGUACUAAUUGAGAAUAAUUCCAAUGCACUGAUAAUUGCAACACGCAAAUAUUCUAAGAAACAUGCUUCCUCCUUAACUAAACGCCAGGAGGAAGAUAGUGAUAGCGAUUCGGAUUCUGAUGAUGAAUUCGAACGUAACCGUAAAAAUAUACAACCAAAAACAAGCGAAAGGGGUGAUACUGAUUUUUGGCGCCGCAAGAUGCGUACAUUGCACCGAAUUUUGGAUGUUAAUCACGAUGGUGUCGUAUCCUUCGAUGAUUUUAAAUUGUUAGCAAAGCGUUUCACAGACUUGGGACAUUUAACUCCCGAAUUAUCAGCAGAAUUUGAGGAUGUAAUGAAACAAACUUGGGAAGAACAGUUUGGUGAAAUUACUCCUUAUAAUUUGCUGAACGCUGAACAAUUUUUAACAGAUAUACAUCAUCGUCUAAAUGAUAAGAAAAUGGCAAAACGUAUUGGACGAUUCUUGCCAUAUUUAUUUAAGGCUGUCGAUUAUGAUCAUUCUGGUCAUUUGGAUCUCGAUCAAUAUAAACUUUUCUUCCGCUGCUUAGGCCUCUCCGAUGAAGAUGCCGCCAUUUCAUUUGCUGUGAUAGAUAAAAACAGUGAUGGUCAAAUUUCAAUGAAGGAAUUUGUACAUUUAGGACGUCAAUUCUUUAUGACUGAAGAUGAAACGAAAAUCUCAAAAAUGUUUUGGGGUCCGCUAAUUGAUCAUUGACUGGAUUAUGCUCACGAGGCGAUUAUUGAGUUAUUGUCUCGUGGCCGUCGGUCGGAUGUACAAAAAGCUGUGCGAAUUAUGACCUUGCUAUGUGUGCAAAGUUUUCAACAAAAUUUUAAAAAUUUCGAAGAAGAUGAUACCAAUUAUUUAAGACUAUUUUUAUAUAUGCACUCUAUUAUAUUAUUAAUAAUAUCGUGGAAUUCAUUUAAAAGUGAUGAUUUAAAAACAUUUAUCGUUUAUCAUAUAAGAAAAUUUAAUAAGUUACGUAAGCAAGCAAAAAAACGAAAGCAUAAAAUUUUAAUUUAAUAUUAUAUAUUUUUCAAAUGAGAAAUAAUAAAAAAAACAAUUAA